UAAUGACAGUUCAAUGAUAAUGAUAACAGAGUUUCUUAAAAACUGUUUAGUUUUUUGAUAUUUUUAGGUAGUAUCUCGCAAUACUGAAAUAUGCUUACAGCAAUUCAAAGAACUUUAAGAAGACCAGUUCUGGUAUUCAGUCGCGGUGCGCACACGCAAUAUGUUCAAGUUGACGAAAACAAUGGCGCUCGCGAAAUCACAUUGUCUCAUGAAAAAACUAAGAACUCUCUAUCAUUAGAGAUGAUGGAACACCUCACAGAAGCAAUCAAUAAAAAUAAGGAUGAUACAUCAUUAAGAGCAAUAAUUCUUUCUGCAAAAGGGAAUGUGUUCUCUGCUGGACAUAACCUGAAGGAAUUACAAGCAAGCACUGGAAUAGAUCACCACAAGUUAAUUUUUAAUAAAGCAUCUGUACUAAUGAAAUCUAUAGUUCAAAGCCCUGUACCAGUUAUAGCUAAGGUAAAUGGUUUCGCCACCGCCGCCGGUUGUCAACUAGUCGCUACAUGCGACAUAAUUGUAUGCUCUGAAACUAGCAAGUUCUCAACACCUGGAGCUAACUUUGGAGUAUUCUGCUCGACGCCCGGUAUUGCUGUGGGAAGAUCAAUCCCAAAAUCGAGAGCUAUGUACAUGCUUCUUACAGGAGAGCCUUUGAGCGCUCAAGAAGCGUACGAAAGCGGCCUCGUAACAAAAGUAGUACGCGCGGACCAAUUGGACGAAGAAGUAAACCAAAUUAUCGACAAAAUUAGACACAAAAGUCGCAGCGUUAUCGCUUUAGGAAAACAGUUCUAUUACAAGCAAAUAGACUUGAGUUUGCUUGAAGCUUACAAAUUAGGCGAGGAGAUAAUGGUCCAGAAUAUCAAUGCUAACGACGGACAGGAAGGGAUACGCAGCUUUGUCGAGAAACGGAAAGCCAAAUGGAGCCAUACAUAGUUGAGUAUCAAAAGUAAAUAUAAUCUUCAAAAGCUUGUAAUAUAUAUACAAAUGUAAUAUAAUAUGUAAAUAAUAUAUAUUACUUCAUCUAAAAGAUCUUUUAUACAGGUGUACCAAAUG